AUGGCAGGUCAAUCUGAGAAGAAACGUUUAAAAAAGGCUAGUUCAUUUAUUAUUUAUGCCUCAGCAUUUUUUAGCAUUUUUUCCCUUGUUUAUAUUAUCUUUUUAUAUUUUUUCAGAUAUAAUUUAAUUACAAAAUAUAUUUUUGCCUUACACUGUUUAUUAUUUUUUUGUUAUUAUUAUUGUAUAAAAAGUAUACACUAUGGAUUAACGAAUGGAAUGAAUUAUACGUAUUACACCGAUGUUUUAAUUCUGUCCUUUUGUAUAAAUAUAGGACUAUUUUUUUCAUUUAAGUUUUUUUACAUAUAUAUAAUUAUACCAUUAUAUGCGGCUUAUCAAAUUAUUAGUUUUAUUUUCAAAUACUUCUUGAGCUCACCAUUUGGAUCUGCGCAACCAUCCAAAAGAAUGGAAAAAAUGGAAAAGAAUAAGAACAAGGUUGUAUAUAAAACAGUUCAUUAA